UCUCCUUAUCUCUCAAAUUCACUUCCAAAGCCUCUCAUCUCCUCUCCUACUUAUCUCUCCCCCUCUCUGCUUCCUUGUUUCCACAUAACAACAAAGUCUCUUACAAGAAUCAUCUUCCAAAAUUCAUAAGCCAUGGCAACUGUUGUAUAUCAAGGGUAUCAAUCUCAUUUUGAGUCUCAGCACUUUGAGCCAAGAGCUCUAAGACUUAGACUCUCUUCUCCUAACAAUCCUCACUCAUCCACACCUCUCAAAUCCCAUUUCCUUGACUCAUCCAUCACUCCACAAGACAACAUCUCUACCUCUAAUGCAGCUUCCUUGCCCUCGCCAGCUCCUAAACCGAGCUCUAGCUCGGAAAGUUGGCUCGAGACCAUCUCAAACUCGAGCUCUGAUGAAAAAGACAAGAAGACAUUACUUCCCUACGUUCAUUCUCCAUCUUCCCGUAGAACUCUCAGCGAUGAGAGCUUAGCAUUGUGCACUGAAAGCCUCGGUAGCGAGACGGGCUCUGAUGUUAUUACCGAUCAAGAUUUGUUCUCGGUUUCAUCCGAAUUACAAACCAUGGAAACUAGAACUUCGACCACCACAUCAAGAACACCAAGACAAGAUAGGAAGAGAGAUUUGUUGGCUUCACUUCCACCUCCUUUGACAACUAUGAGAGGAUUUGAUUGCAUUCAAGUCAAGUCCCACCGCGAGAAUGGAAGAUUGGUGAUGACGGCCGUGAAACCUCUGCCGCGGGAUAGAUGCUUACAGGACCGAAGUAAUGGCUGCGUCCGGCUCGCGUUCUUGGUUGAUUCUGAUGACCACAAAGAGAUAGAGACCAAAGAAGAAGAAGAAACGACCGAGAUAGGGAGAGAUAACGAAGAAGCGAUUCAAGAAUACCAGGCAGAAGAAGUUGAAGAAGAAGACAACGAAGUGAUGAUUAUUGAUAACAUUCAAAGAUCAAGUAGAUGUCAUGAAGGAGAUCGAGAAAACAGAGGAUUUCUAACAUGGGAAUCUUUAUGUGUUGCCACUUCUUAAAAAAAUAAUCUUUCUACUCA